CACAAGACCAGAGGACUCCUGAGUGUAGGGCAGAGCUACAACAGUACUAACAAAACUGCUCAAGGUAGUUUGGAGUCUUUGGCUGCGCAACUAGACAAUCACUCGGCACUUGAAUCGACAGAUAACAAAUCACUGUGGGCGUUAUAUUGUUACCCUUUUUUGUACCACCAUGUACUAAUGAGCAAAUAUAUUCUAACUUCUUCAGCCCCCCAUAUUGAGCGUGGGCUUCAUAUGAAGAGGAAGACUUGUUCAGCAUUGUCAUCUUAAUUAAUUAUUAGCUUCUCUCUUUUGCUGUCCACCAACGCCUGCCAAGCAAUCCAUGGUGCAGACAAGCUCAUUAGUUUGACUUACAAUCCUAAAGUUUGGGAAGUUAUGUUUAGAACGCGUGUUUUAUAACCUACGGUUUUAAAACUAAAGUUACAAACUGUAAAGACUAUCUUCCACACUUUGAUCUGCAGCUGGAUUCAAGGAGAAAAAAAAACUAUGGAAAAAGAGACCAAUUCCAGGCAGCAAUGUAGCAACACACGUUUCUACGGGCUGUGAGAGAAAAAAAGGAACUCGUUGGCGUUCUUUUCCUGCUCGUUUGGACUAAACAGAAGGCUCGCUGUCGACCUAAUUUGGUUUUGGUAACAGAUCAGUUCAGUGAUUCAAUUAGACGGGUCCAAAGCCAACCCGGGCCGAUCUGUGAACCGUGGCGUCACUUCCAAUUCGAGUGUUAAAGAGAUUUCCUUCCUAAGCACACAUAAUAAACUCUGCGUUCGACUAGUCUUACAGGCAACACUGAAUAUUACUCUUAUUAAAGAGGACAAUCGCCUAGGCCUACCUCAGCCUAUUAAAGUAUGAAGAAAACACAUUAUUCACUAACUCGCAAAUUAAAACUAGAAAGUAAACACGGUUGGUAAGUGAAGAGAUGAGAGGAGAUGAAGAACAAAAUUUCAAUGCAAAGUCUGGAACGUUCUUUCUUUAUUUCUCUCCUUCGGAGUGCCUUUCUCGCAGGGUUUGACAUAUUCUAGCUGUUAUCAGAUUGAUGGGCUAGUUUGAUUGAAGUGGCUUUGUCAUGCAAAUGUCAAGCGCGUGAUGGAUGGUCGCCUUGCGCUGACAAACUUCUGGAGGUCCCCUCACCAUUGGCGCCGUGACGUCUCACGUGACCAGCAGCUGAGGUAAAUGUGAGUUAUAGGGAACCAUGAGCAAAUACUCCAGAUGUAGGCCUAAGCAUUUCCCCCUUCCGCAUGACAUACUGUUGCGAGCUUGCAGGACAGGAGGCUCUCCCGAUCUCUCAGGCUGACCCUCCGCCUUUAAUUGCGCAUGGACAAUUCCAGUAUGAACUCUUUUUUGGAGUACACAAUUUGUAACCGUGGGACGAACGCUUACUCGCCCAAGGCUGGAUACCAACACUUGGAUCAGGCGCUCUCGGGCCCCUUCCAUACCGGACACGCAAGUGACAGCCAUAACGCUGAUGGACGACUUUACAUAGGGGGGAGCAACCAGCCAGCAGCAGCACAACAUCAGCACCAGAGCGGCGUCUAUGCGCAUCACCAGCACCAAACUCAUCAGAGUGGCAUUGGCCUUACCUACGGUGGCACGGGGACUACGAGUUAUGGGACCCAGGCCUGCGCCAACCCAGACUAUGCUCAACACCAGUAUUUCAUUAACCCUGAGCAGGAUGGGAUGUAUUAUCACUCAUCGGGGUUUUCAAACUCAAAUCUCGGUCCUCACUAUGGCUCCAUGGCUGGUGCGUACUGCGGGGCGCAGGGAGCCGUUCCAGCCGCACCUUAUCAGCAUCAUGGAUGCGAAGGCCAGGAUCACCAGCGAGGCUACUCACAAGGCACCUACGCCGACUUAUCGGCCUCCCAAGGGAGGGAGAGGGACACGGAUCAGUCGCCACCUGGAAAGACAUUCGACUGGAUGAAAGUCAAAAGGAACCCUCCUAAAACAGCUAAAGUGGCCGAUUACGGACUGGGACCACAAAACACAAUCCGGACGAAUUUCACAACGAAACAACUCACGGAGCUCGAGAAAGAGUUUCACUUCAGCAAAUAUCUCACGCGAGCGCGGCGAGUCGAAAUUGCUGCCACGCUCGAGCUGAACGAGACACAGGUGAAGAUAUGGUUUCAGAACCGCCGAAUGAAACAGAAGAAGCGAGAGAAGGAGGGACUCGCGCCUGCUUCGUCCACCUUGUCUAAAGACCUCGAGGAUCACUCUGAUCACUCAACUUCAACAUCUCCAGGAGCUUCUCCAAGUCCCGAUUCCUAACCGAUGACGAUGGUUUCGGGUGCAUUGAACAACAGAUUCGAAAUAUAUACUAAAGUCUAUUAACUUAAGCAUUCCACAAUGUGCCCGAAAGACCUUCUCGUCUUCUUAUAAUGGACGAUUCGUUUUUGGAAACUGAACGUCUGGCGAAAAAGUGAAGAGCAAAGAGACUUUUAGCCUAACAAUGAACAGAUUUACACCGUCUGCUCGAACAAAAUUUCCAAUACUCCCUGGAAACGUUUGUGUGUGUUAUACAGGGUAUUUCUAUUAUAAAUAUAAUGCACUUUCACAAUGUUUACAAGUCUCUAAACGAACCUAACUGACUUUACAGGGAGCUUAUUGUGUUGUCAAAAUAUGUAUUGGUGUUUUUUGUUGCGUUUAUGAAAAUUUAUUUUUUAUUUGAUGUACAAAUUUCAUAUAUUUGAGUUUUGAGGAUUGUAGCUAUAGGGGCUUUCGGACUCCUUGCACUAUACGUUUACAGGGUAGGCCUUUACUGAACACCAGCACAAUUUACUGGAAUAUAUGAACGAUUCCUUCUCAGUGUGCACUGUGAUAUUCAAUUAUUUGCCAAUUUACAGUGAGAAAUAAUUAAUACUGUGUUGCUAGUCAGGCCUAAUUUACUAUAAAAAUGUGAAUUUUGGAAAAAGGUUCUAUUCCGUUUGUAGAAAAAAAGCAAUGCAGGGUGUUUAAAAUGUACUUUUCUUAAUUAAAACAUUUAAAUAAUUUGAUCUUUUAGCCUAGUAUUUUUUAUGCGCAGACGAGCUGAGUUUUAUUAGUUACUGUCUGUAUGAUUCCGUAAUCUGAAUGUCUCAAUCAAAUGCUUCUGUCAGUUCUUUAUCUACCUCAAAUAAAAACAAUAUUUUACUGAA